CCCAUGAUCAAGAGCUCCAGGGGUCUCUCCACCCCUUACAAUCAAGAGCCCCAGGGGAGCAUCAAGGGGGUGCUAUAUACUGAUGAGUUAAGCAGUGUUUACAAAGAGUGUGGAGGGGCGGGGCAGCAGCGCCCAGGACCCGUGUGAAAAAUGUCAUAUUUCCCCCCUAUACCCAGUGCCCCACGUCUUUUCCUCCUCCUGGGCAGUGCCCUGAUCAUCCUCGGAGCCGCUGAUCAAAACCAACUCAAAAAACCGAGCGUUCUAGUGGUACUUUUGGCCAGAAAUAAGGAGCAUACCCUGCCGUAUUUCCUGACAUUGUUUGAACGUCUUGAAUACCCAAAGAAAAGAUUAUCAUUAUUUAUUCGCUCUGAUCAUAAUUCUGAUAAAACUAUAACAAUUUUGGAUGAUUGGUUGAGGCAUAAUAAGCACAAGUAUCAUUCCUGUGAUGUUAAAUUGGAUGGUUUAAGUACGAGUUAUCCGGGGGACACUAAGGGCACUGAAUGGGGCCAAGAAAGAUUUAAUAAUCUUAUUAAGAUAAAAGAAGAGGCACUGGCACUAGCUAGGCAUAAAUGGGCAGAUUAUAUAUGGUUUUUGGACAUGGAUGUGUUUUUGACCCGAGGGGAUAUAUUAGAGACGCUUAUAUAUGAGGGUAAGGGUAUAGUGGCACCCAUGUUAAACUCCCUGGCUACGUAUAGUAAUUACUGGGGUGAUAUGACCGAGGAUUACUGGUAUACCCGCUCCGAGGAUUAUAUCCCCAUACUAGAGAGGCGGCAGAAGGGAUGUUUCGCCCUUCCGAUGGUUCAUUCGUGCGUCUUCGUCGACCUGCGGCGAGUCGCUUCCGAUAGGUUAACUUUCGCCCCCUUGAAUGUCAGUAACUACAAUGGCCCCAAUGAUGACAUUAUCACCUUCGCCGUAUCGGCGAAGAAUGCUGGGAUUGACAUGUAUGUGUGCAACUCUGAGGUGUAUGGCUUCAUCCCUCCGCCGCUGGACGACGACCAACACAUCGAUGUGGAUCUCAAGCAGCUUCUCAGCAUUAAGUUAGAAGUCCUAGUCGAACACCCACCGUUACCUGUAUCGAAGUUACUCAGCAAAUAUCUCCCUCCGAUGCCUAAGAAAGACAAAGCCGGGUUCGAUGAGAUAUACCUCAUCAGCCUACCCCGGAGGCCGGAGCGACGCGAACGCAUGAAUCUCUGCUUCGACGAAUUGGGGCUCGACGUUAAAUUAUUCGACGCGGUCGAUGGGAAGAAAUUGAACGAAAGUUACCUUAGAGAACUUGGAGUGAAGCAAAUGAACGUAUAUAAGGAUCCGUGGUCGAAACGCGACAUGACCUUCGGUGAAAUAGGCUGCUUCCUUAGCCAUUACUUCAUCUGGGAAGAUAUCGUGAACAAUGGCUAUAAAAAGGUGUUAUUGUUCGAGGAUGACAUUCGUUUUGAGCCUUAUUUUAGAGAAAAGGUUAAGCACAUGAUUCGCCAGGCUGAUAGAUUACUUAAAUGGGACCUUAUUUAUCUUGGUCGUAAGAAAUUGAAAAACUCGGAUGAACCAUGGGUCGAAGACUCGGACACGCUUGUACACGUAGACUACUCCUAUUGGACACUCUGCUAUGCCAUCACCCUCGAAGGUGCCAAGAAGCUACUUGAUGGUCAGCCUCUUGGUCAGCUAGUUCCUGUUGAUGAAUACCUGCCAAUCAUGUUCAACAAACAUCCUGAGACUGAGUGGAUGGAGAUGUUUCCAGUGCGGAAUUUGAAUGCUUUCUCAGUGGCUCCUCUAUAUGUGUACCCAACACACUACACUGGUGAACUAGGCUACAUUAGUGACACCGAAGAAUCGCCCAUUAUUCAGGAAACAGAUGAGACUGCGGCUGCAAUGGAAUCUAAUCUGGAAGGUAAAGGCCUUGAACUAGAGGUGGGAUUUAAUGGCCUAGUGAAGGAUGAGUUUUGAGUAAAAUGCCUUCCUAGAAGUAUAUAUGCAAAUGAAUGUAGCUUGUAGGAUUUACAUUAUACUGCACUAAGUUACCCCAGUUACUGCCAUAUUGUGUAUCUCAGUUAUCUCAAUGUUUUGGAGCAGUUUGAGACAUUUUCUGACGUACAGUAUUUGAAAUUUUAGUUUUAGUCUGCAUAAAUAGCAAAAUUUAUGUCGUUUUAUGUGGUAACACGUAAGUUAUGUUAAUUUUAAAUCAGACUUCCAUAAUUUUGAAUUAUCAGUUUUUUUUUUUUAAUUUCUUAGUCUAAUUUCUCCAGUUUUUAAGCAAAUUUCUUGUUUGUAAUUUUUUAAUUUAUGAAUGCCAUACUGCAUUGUAAGAUAUAAAACUUGAAGAGCAUAUAUUAAAAAAUAUAUAUACAGUGGACCCCCGCCUUGCGAUAUUAUUUCAUCCCAGAAGUAUGUUCAGGUGCCAUUACUGAACGAAUUUGUUCCCAUAAGGAAUACUGUGAAUUAGAUUAGUCCAUUUCAGACCCCCAAACAUACACAUACAAACGCACUUACAUAAAUACACUUACAUAAUUGGUCGCAUUGGGAAGUGAUCAUAAAGCGGGGGUCCACUGUAUUAGAAAUUAAAAUGCACAUACACUAGUGUACACGCCAGCUUUGCAAUUAAUACAAGCAAUCCCAUCGCAUGCAAUGGCUUUCCCUGUUUUAGCUUUCACUAUACUUAACCAUGUAUAUUGAGCUUGCUAAUGUAACCUUCACCCUAUUCUAAUAUGGUAAAACUUGUUAAUACAAUGGUAGAAUAUAUUGACAGCAUGUAAACGACAUGGUACUAUAUAAAUAAGACAGUAUGUAAACAAGACACAGUAUGUGGUUUAUGGCAUCUUAUAAAAACAUUUCUUCCACCUUAUUCAAUUCAAAAACCGAUAAAGUCCAUGGUGGUUGAAACAUCUUCGUAAAUAAAUUUCCAUAACCAUCAUAUUGUGUCUUACUUAUAUUCAUGGUAAAACUCAUUAAAUCGAACUUUCAAAUCAAUUGCGUCAGAUAUGGGACCACUCUUAGUUUAGCAGACUAGUCAUUAAUAAUAAAUUAAACUUAAAAAAGACAUUGAAUGCUCUCUCAGAUCUCAGGAUCCAACCAGAUAAAAUACAUAAAUCGUACAUGCCAAAGAAAAUAAAUAUUUUGUCUGGGCUACCAAAACUGCAAAUAUAUUUGUUGAUGAAAAAGACACAUGUGCGACACUUGGGUAUCUUUAUUGAUGAGAUGUUGCACCAACACAACACUUGACUAUCUUUAUUGAUGAUGAUGCACCAGCCUCUUCACUUGUAUACAGGUAAAUAAUAUAAUAUAGUGGUACCUCGAGUUACGAACUUAAUUCGUUCCAAAAGGCUGUUCGAGUGCCGAUACCGAACAAUUUGUUCCCAUAAGGAAUAAUGUAAAUUAGAUUAAUCUGUUUCAGACCCCCAAAAAUACACUUACAAAAGCACUUACAAAAAUACACUUACAUAAUUGUUUGAAUUGGGAGCUGUUCGAAACUCAAGGUACCACUGUACUGGGAUAGUAAUAGUAGUUUUGAGGUAAUCAGUUUCUUAAACUGUGAGGGACUGACCCUCCUACCAAGGCUGAAGGACUGAUUACCUCAAACCUACUUAAAAUAUGAUUUUUAUUUCUUUAUGCAGUACAAAAUAUUGUAGUUUACGUGUAAUAAAACACAAUUAGGCACUGAAGAAAGCCACUGAUAUGCAUUGUAUUUUGGGCAGACUAAUCUUAAUGCGUAUAUUUUACUUCUGUGUCCUGUGUUAUAUUCUCCUGUAUUCAGUUGAGGACGGCUUCUGUUUAUGCUAAAUGAUUUUUGCCACAAAGAUAACUGAGUGCUUCACGUGUGUUUUAUUUGGCAACUUGUUGGUAUUGUAUACUAUUGAUAAUAUAAUACAAUAGAACCCCUGUAUCCGCGGAUUUGGUUACCACAGUUUUGGGCAUCCGUGGUAGUUCUUGGAACGUAUCACUUACGGAAAAGUGGGGGGACUACUCAGUAGUCCCCCUUAUCCACUGGUGAUACAUUCCAAGACCUACCAUGGGUGCCCAAAGCUGCAGUAGCCAAAUCCACGGAUACAGGGGGUCUACUGUAUAACUAAAUUUCAGUUUCUCCUCAUCUAUAGGUCAAUUCUAGCCAGUAAAAUCCAUGAUACCCAACCAGCGAGCCUACACAGAUGACUGCCUUAACUCCUUACUUAGCUUUAAGUAUCCCUUCUUAGGUAAACUAUAUCAAAUACUUAUAGUUCAGUUGUUAAUAAAGUGGGGAGUUAAGUUAAAAUAUCCUCAGUCAUAUUCAUGACUAAGUUAACUCUACAAUCUUCUAAUAAUGAUGGAAUUUGGGAUAUUAUGUUUCUUCAUUAUUUUUAGCCAAAUACAUUAUAUGCAAUGGGUUCAUACUUUUUUUUAAUUUAAAUUGGUCAAGGAGUGUAAAUUUUUUUUGAACAACUAUACCAGUUUUUUUUUUUUGGCUUUCUGUUACCUGUUUUUCAUGGCUCAGGAGCUUCCUCAGCUCACUAAGUGACUGGGGUUUAAUCCUCGGCUCGGGUAGAAAUGGUCAUGUUUCCUUACACUUGAUGCCCCUGUCACCUAGCAAUAAGUAGGUAUCUGGGUGUUAGAGAAUAAAAAAAUACCAAUAGAAAUAAUAUUGACAGUCCUCAUUAGCAUCCUGACUUAUUGAGUUAUCCUGGGUUACUAACCCUUAGGGUUAAUCAUUCCAGCAAAAUCUAUCUGUUAUAAAGACUAGUGUUCGACUUUUGUCAAAGACUUGCUUAGCUGAUUUCUCACUUGCACAUUUUUCUGAGACACACUCUUAGGAUGUUGGUACUAUGAAGUCAAGAGUCACAUUUAUGUACGUAAAUGCAACCAAUCUUCUUAUUUUAGCCAUGAGUCUAAAGCAUAACUUGGAGCACUUGCUCUCAAUCAAAACACAUUAACUUGUAGCUGAGAAUAUAUCUUCUUUCUUUCUUUCUUUCAACAAACCAGCCAUAUCCCACUGAGGCAGGGUGACCGAAAAAGAAAAACAAAAGUUUAUCUUUUUAACUUUAGUAACGUAUACGAGAGAAGGGGUUACUAGCCCCUUGCUCCUGGCAUUUUAGUCGCCUUUUACAACACGCAUGGCUUACCGAGGAAGAAUUCUGUUCCACCUCCCCUGGAGAUAAGAAGAAAUAAACAAGAAUAAGAAUAAGAACUAGUAAGAAAAUAUAAGAAAACCCAGAGGGGUGUGUAUAUAUAUGCUUGUACAUGUAUGUGUAGUAAGAACAUAAGAAAGGAGGAUCACUGCAGCAGGCCUGUUGGCCCAUACUAGGCAGGUCCUUUACAAUCCAUCCCACUAACAAAACAUUUGCCCUACCUAAUUUUCAAUGCUACCCAAGAAAUAAGCUCUGAUAACUCUAUCCACUCAUUUGCAAGUCCCACUCAAAUCCAACCCCUCUCACUCGUAUAUUUAUCCAACCCAAAUUUGAAACUACCCAAAGUCCUAGCCUCAAUAACCCAAUUAGGUAGACUGUUCCACUCAUCAACUACCCUAUUUCCAAACCAAUACUUUCCUAUGUCCUUUCUAAAUCUAAACUUGUCUAAUUUAAAUCCAUUACUGCGGGUUCUCUCUUGGAGAGAUAUCCUCAAGACCUUAUUAAUAUCCCCUUUAUUAAUACCUAUCUUCCACUUACACACUUCGAUCAGGUCUCCCCUCAUUCUUCGUCUAACAAGUGAAUGUAAUUUAAGAGUCUUCAGUCUUUCUUCAUAAGUAAGAUUUCUAGUGCUAUGUAUUAAUUUAGUCAUCCUACGCUGAAUGUUUUCUAACGAAUUUAUGUCCAUUCUGUAAUAUGGAGACCAGAAUUGAGCUGCAUAAUCUAGGUGAGGCCUUACUAAUGAUGUAUAAAGCUGCAGUAUGACCUCUGGACUUAUGUUGCUUACAUUUCUUGAUAUAAAUCCCAGUAAUCUAUUUGCCUUAUUACGUACGCUAAGUGUAAGUAGAAGUAGCAAGACAUGCUAGAAAUCUUGCAUGUUUGUGAGACAGAAAAAAGACACCAGCAAUCCUACCAUCAUUUAAAACAAUUACAGAUUUCCGUUUUGCACUCACUUGGCAGAACGGUAGUGUACCUCCCUGGGAGGUUGUUGUUUACCACCCUACUACCUACACUGAGAAUGUAUGUGAACCAUUAAUUUAUAACUCAGAAUAUGUUAGCUGUCUAGAGGUCAGUCUUCUAUAUUAUAUACUGAAGAGUAUUUUUGCCUCUUAAAUACAAGAGGGAAUCUUAGAUAGGUAUUUAACCCUAGAGGGGUAUACUUCUAGAUAUAGUCUUCAUUGGUUAUACCUGGAUAUACUGUACCUAGUGAGGAUAAACAAUGAACCAAUCAUUCUAGUGAAAAUUUAUAUUGAUAUUAAGAGAUUUGAUCUCCAUGUGGAAGUGGAACAGAAUUCUUCCUCCGUAAGCCAUGUGUAUCAUAAGAGGCAACUAAAAUGCCAGGAGCAAGCGGCUAGUAACCCCUUUCCCUGUAUACAUUACUCAAGUUAAAAAGAAGAACUUUCAUUUUUCUUUUUGGGUCAUCCUGCUUGGGUGGGAUGUGACUGGUUUGUUGAAAGAAGAAAGAAGAUUAAGGGAUUUGAGUCCUGGAUGUGGGAAGUAAGGUGCCUGCACUCUGAAGGAGGGGUGAGGAUGUCAGCAUGCUUCUGGUAAGACAGUGAACGAAUGAAUGAUGCUGAAAGCAUUAUUUCUCUGUUAGGUAAGACACAUUUUAUAUUUUAUACCAUUUUAAUGUUCAUUAUUUCUCUUUUGGGUCACCCUACCUUUGUGGGAGACAGUCAUGUUAAAAAAAAUUAAGGAACAUAUAAAGUAACAAUCAUUGAAGUGAAUAAGAAGUUAAUCAUGAUUCUAUUUCACCAUCCACACCCAAAAAUGCUCACUAGGGUUAAAAACCAUGUAAACUAUCAGCAUUGCCCAUUCUUUCUAGUCCAUCUCUUGGGCCGCCACACAUCAUCCAGUUGUACAGCAUCAAACUCUUUUAGACAGAGGGAAGAAUAGACACAAAUGCAGUAUAAUAUGAUUCUUUAUUGACUAUAUUUCACCCACACAGUGGGCUCUUUGUGACUUGAUCUCUUUGUGACUUAUCAAGUCACAAAGAGAUCUGUUUUUGACUUGAUAAAGACCACUGUGUGGGUAAAAUGUUGUCAAUAAAGGAUUGCAUUAUACUGUACGUAUUUGUGUGUUUUUCCAUCAUGUCAGUAUUUUAUACCAUUUAUCUCUUUUAAAUAGAUUAAAUUGGUAUUUUAAGGUAAGUUAGGGGUAACUUAAUAAAAUUUUUAGAAUAAAAAAUUAGUGUGUCAACAAUCACUGGAACUGUGAACUGGUCACAGUUUCAGUGAGGUCACAUUUAACAAGUUUUACUAUAUACAGUAAUUUUUUUAAAAAAUUGGCACCUGAGAUUCCAGAGCAUUUUCAAAGAUUACCAAAUGAGUGUACAAAUUCACGUUAGCAAAACCGACCUUUAGAUUAGGUCUAUUUGUCAUGUUGCAAUCUCAAAAUGCUCAGGCCACUGACCCUUCAGUAGUGAUUGGAUCUUGAUCCAAUAAAUUGGGGCUACCUUCAACUUCAUCUGAUCAAAUCUAUUCACCUAGUACUAAGUAGGUACCUGGUCAUUAGUCACAUUACACCUGCUGUCAGUGUUCAACUAGCAGUAAGUAGGAACCUGGGUAUUAGUUGACUAUUGUGGGAGGAAUCCUGGGGAACAAAAUUGAAGGACCACAAUGGAAAUAAGACAGACAGUCCUUGAUGACACACUGACUUUCUUAGGUUAUCCAUCAGCCCCCUCCAACCCCUCCAAAGAAUAAUAAUAAUAAAUAAUAAUAAUUCUUUCAAGAUUACUAAAUGUAAAAAGAAGACAAACUUUUCGUUUCUUCUUUUUCGGGUCAUUCUGUCUUGGUGUGAGACAGCCGGUCUGUUAAAAAAAAAAUUAUACGGGUCAAGUCCCCUAGCCUCCUCUUUCAACUAGAUGACUCCUAUAUAGAACUUCUGGAAACACCCCGGAGUAUACUGGAGAAAAAGAUGCUGUAACGUUAAUUUAGUGUCGAUAGUGCCCUCUCGAGAUACGAGAGCGGCCACAGUUGCGAAGCAACUAGUUUUUUAAGAGUCUACUGUAUGGGUAUGAUGAUGAUACUACUACUACUACUGCUGCUGCUGCCGCCGCCGCCGCCGCCGAGCAUUACCACUACCAUUACUGUACUUGUAUUUCUUCCUUUAUUUGUCCCAUCCCUGUCCCCCCUCGGCUAUAUAUACUGGCUUCCUGACUCUUGUGUGUUAGUGUGACUGUAAAUGGUCCAAGAUGGACUGAAACAUUCUCAUAAGCUCUCUCCUGUGUGCUAGUUAUUUGUGCAUGAUACAAUAUAUAGAAUAAGCUUUUAUUGCAUCAACAUUACUCUCAGGUUAAAGCUUAAUUAUAGCUUGAUCAAGCUCUAUGCAGAGGGUAAUAGAGACCAUUAGAAGCUUGUUUUUGUGCCCACGCCUGUCAGUGUUACACCUCUACAUCCUUACUGUACUGCAUUCAUGUUUCUCACUCUGAAAAUAAUAGGCAGGUGCUUUUAAAUGCUUCAGCAAAUGAUUCAAAACUUAACAUUAGAAAUUAAACUAGAAAUGUUAAUAGACAGGUUAAUAGGCAGGUGCUUUUAAAUGCUUCAGCAAAUGAUUCAAAACUUAACAUUAGAAAUUAAACUAGAAAUGUUAAUAGACAUAUAAUGCCAAGAUGUUUUUGAAGACUGUUUAUACUAACUUGGUGUAAAUGCUAGAAAAUAAUUAAGUAUGAUGUAUGCUGUGGCAGAUUAAGUAUAGAUGAGGCUUUGUGGCAUCACAUAUAAAUGCAAUAAUGUAUAUUUUUAAUUUAAGACAUAAUAGAAUUAUAUUUUAUUUGAAAAUACAAAUACAGUAAUGCAUUUCCGUUGUUCCGCUACAGCUAUUUUUGUAUACAAGAUGGAAUUAUGGGGAUCUUGAUGCAUACAGCAAUUGCUCCCUUUGCCCUUAGGUUAAUCUGCCACAGUGGUUAAGUAUUUGGCAGGUGUAGGCAUGGACAUCCAGUAGGAAUGAAGCAUAAAGGAAAGGGGACACUUGGCCACCUUGGAUGAGAAAGGGGACACUUGGCCACCUUGGAUGAGAAAGGGGACACUUGGCCACCUUGGAUGAGAAAGGGGACACUUGGCCACCUUGGAUAAGAUAAAGAUAUUUUACUUUAGCAUGACACAUUAUUAUAAUAAUCAUGGGGGAGCGCUAAACUCAUAGGAUUAUACAGCGCCUGUUGGGGGGGGGGGAGAUAUAAGGUAUUCAGGCUCAAUUCAGGGAACUGUAAUGCAGAUCCAAUUCCCUAGAUCAAGAGCCCCUCACCAGCAUCAAGGAACAUCCCUUGAGGGGUCAGCAUGAUACAGUGUUUGUACAAAAGUGAGUGACACUGAGGUGUGCAUGCAGAAGCCCCUUAAUAUGCAGAGCAUUACGAGCAAACUUAAGCCUAACUUAAGAUUAAUAACUCGCUGACCAAUAGUUUUAUAUAUACAAUCUCUUAGGUGAUUGCAAAUAUAAAUUUUGGAGUUACAAUAGAUCAAGCCUGUGUCAAGAUAAAACUGCCAUAUUGAUGUGUUACAUUUCCCAUUAUUUUUUCUGGGAAAGUUCCAGUGGAUGUCCUUGGUUGUGUACUGUACAGUCACCUCUCUUAAAAACAUCCGCUAUAUAGUGAAUUUCUUUAAAUGCAAUUGAAAAAGUUCUUUCAAAAUUAAAUGGCAUGUAGAAGGAUUUCCAUAUUGUGAAUUAUUCACUGAGAUGCACUAUAUCAGUUGCAUUCAUACAAAAAAUCCCACUGUAUCAAUGCACCUUUUCAGUUGCAUUUCCAAAAAUCCCACUGUAUUGAUGUACUUUCCAGUGGCAUUUACAAAAAAAUCCAUUGUACAGAAGAGCUCCUUAUAAUAGAGCUGACUGUACUUAGAACUACAGCAAUUCAUUACCAUUGUAUUCUGGUAAUAACUGAAAAUAAUCUAUUCAUAGCUUUUUGAGAAAUGCAUUUAUUUGAGUUAUUUCAGUUACUGUUACGUAGUUGUAAGUUGAAUAGUUAAGUAUACUGUAGGAUAUUGUAGUUUCCAAAAAAUGUAUUUUUCUAGUUAUUCAUGAUGCGUUACAUGUUUGUUGAAAUAUGUAGUUAAAAUACAUAUUGUGUGUUGUUUACAUGACCUAAUAUUUUUGAUAGCUAUUGAGGUACAAAUAUACUUCAUAUAUGAAUUUCUUUGUUGUUAAGUGAUAAGACUGUACUGUAU